AUGGCCGGGUCUCCAGGAACGUUAUCAAGGACGAGCGAUUUGGAGGAAUUGGCCUUCUUCCAAGCGCCUAUCGAAGGAUUCCGCUCGACUUACGGUGUCGUGCGACGACUACCUCGCACCUCGCCAAACGUCACCAUUCUCUGCAAGCAUUACAAAAUUCCAAAGGAAACACCUGUGGGAAUGAGCGCGCUCUCCCUUUAUCCCGAUCCGGAGCUCCACCAGGAGCCGUUCAGAUUGUUGUCCGAGCGUUGCGUAGGCGAUAUCGAUCCGAAGAGGAACACGAACAGAGUGCCGUUCUCGAGCGGAUCUCGCAAUCGUCCGGAGAUCAAUUUGGCCAUGGCGGAGAUGCGAUGGGCAAUGAGCUGGGCAGCGGCAGUGCUUUACCGCCCAAACGGACCUCAUAUGGCACUUUGCGAGAAGAAUGAGCCCGAUAUUGUAGGGGCAGUCAGCUUUUUGAUGCCACUUCAUAAGCUAGACAGCCGCGAGACUCGGAUUACUGUGGGUUGA